GUUUCUAAAAUUCGUUAGGCAUCGCAAGUAGCCCUAAUCAGCGCGGAGUUAAGCCCCAAUUUAAACAUGGCUCCUGCCUUAAACGCAACGGCCAGCACUCUUCUGAGUAAUACCACUGCGGUGGUAAACACUACUACUCUAACCACUGAAAGUACGGACUUGGCGGACUACAAUUACACCACGCCCGUCACCAUUUGGAUCACCGAUGGCGGCUACGGUGGCCCGUACAUGUUCUUCUAUCCCAGCUACGUGAUUUACAUUGUGCUGGUCUUCCUGUUCGUCAUAGCCUUUCCGCUGGCCAUGAUCCUGAGCGCCAAACGCAAGCGGGAGCUCAACGCCCGGACUCUCGCCCAGCAGAGACAACGAGCCCGCCGCCAAAUGGAGAUUAAUGUGACGAACAACUGCAACGGCGGCUCCGGCUCCGGCGGAGUCAGCAACGUGUGCCUAAAUACCCAGGACGAGAUCAGUGUGCUGCCCAAGACCUUGGACCUGCCGCCCAGCUACGACGAGGCCGCUUUCAGCGAGCGAAAGCACGACAGCACCCUGACCAUAGCCACCAGCCUGGAGGCGAGCAACCCCAACCUGGCGGCUGGAAUCAACGAACCACCGCCGGUCUACGAGGCGAACGUGGCCACCACGACCACGGCCACCACCACCACAAUGUUUCUGGUCAACGGCCAGCCGCCGGUGGUGUAACUCAGCAUCGCGAUUCUGAGGAAUCUUACAUUUAUUCUUAUUUAUACACUAUACGAAACGCCUGUACAGUUUUGCUUAUGUAAAUAAACUGCUCCUCAAAAAUUGCAUACUUUA